AUGGCGAGCCUGUCCGACUUCCCCGAUUCCUUCAUCGACGAGAUCAAGAAUAAUAAUGAUAAUAAAAGAAAAAAAAACCUCGAAAGCUCGAAGGAGAACUCCGCGGUCGUCUUUUCCCUUCGCAACCAGGUUGGGGCUCUGGUGAGGGCACUUCGAGUCUUCAAGGAGAAGAACGUAAACGUCGUUCACAUUGAAUCACGAAAAUCGAAAGUGAAUCCAGCGCAGCACGAGAUCUUUGUGAGCGUUGAUUGCGACGAAGGUCACAUGAACGACGUCGUACAUGCUCUCAACCACGAGGUGGAUUGCAUUCAACUCAAGGAUUUAAUAACGCCCUGCAACGCUUUUUGUGGUGCAGAUUUGGCUGGAAUGCCAUGGUUUCCAAGAAAGAUAUCGGAUCUUGAUAAGACUUCGAAUAAAGUGCUCAUGUACGGAGCUGAACUAGACGCUGAUCAUCCGGGAUUUAAAGACCCUACAUACAGACAAAGAAGAAUGUUCUUUGCAGAUUUGGCGACAGGUUACAAGUCCGGUCAGCCUAUUCCGAGAGUUGAGUACACGGUUGAAGAGAAAAUUACGUGGGGACGGGUGUUCACUGAAUUGAGCAUGCUCUACACAACACACGCUUGCCAUGAGUUUUUGGAGAAUUUUCAGUUGCUCAUCAAGCACUGCGGAUACAGGAAAGAUAACAUUCCACAACUCGAAGAUGUCAGUCAGUUUCUUAGAGAAAGAACCGGAUUCCAGCUAAGGCCUGUGGCUGGCUACCUGUCCGCAAGGGACUUCUUGGCUGGAAUUGCGUUUCGAGUGUUCCACUGCACUCAGUAUAUUCGACACGGAUCUGAUCCAUUCUACACGCCGGAACCAGACUGUUGCCACGAGCUCCUGGGCCACUGCCCAAUGCUGGCUGAUCCUAACUUCGCACAGUUUUCACAGGAGUUGGGUCUGGCAUCAUUGGGAGCUUCGGACGACGAGAUUGAGAAAUUGGCUACGUGCUACUUUUUUACCGUGGAGUUCGGACUGUGCAAGCAAAACGGCGAAAUGAGAGUGUACGGCGCCGGACUCCUGUCUUCGGCUUCUGAGUUGCGACACGCAUUAACGGACAAGGCCAACAUUCUUCCGUUUGACCCCGCAGUCACCAUCAAUCAAGAGCCUAUAAUUACAGACUUUCAAGAGGCCUACUUCUACACAGACAGUUUUAACGAGGCCAAACUUCAAAUGAGAGAGUUUGCGAAGACCAUCAAGCGUCCCUUCGGUCUCCGCUACAACCCGUACACCCAGACCGUCGACUUGCUCACGAACACUCGAAAGAUCGCCAACAUCGUGAGCGAACUCAAGGGGGACCUGUGUAUCGUAACUAACGCCCUGAGCAAGCUCAAAGUGUCCGAAAGUGAGGCUCCAAACCGCUAA